GCGGGGUAUGAGCGUCGCAAUGAGGCCGUUUUACUAUAGCUCGCUUAGCAAGAAAUGUGAUAACUUAGACCAAGGCGAGAAAAUAUAGCUCAACGUAUAAAUAGAGCUCCUUGGCUGUCCCACCAGCCAUCGUAUCAUACCUUUUUCCUACCCAUCCAUCAUUACUUCUUCCACUGAUACACACAUCCCAUUCUAAACAAUUCAAUAUGUCUGACGCAGCUGGAGAUCGCGCCCCCGUGCCUGACCAGGCCGAAUUCAACGCCUGGUUCCCCUCCAAAUUCUCUCUCACACAGUACACCUCUCCCAAGACCGACUUUGACGGUGCCAACUACCCCAAUGCCUACAAAGGUGGCAAGUGGAAGAUCCUCCUGAUUGCUACUCAGGAGCGAUACCUCAAGAUGGCCGGCGGCGAGUUCUUCUCGACAGGUAACCACCCCGUCGAGAUGCUUCUGCCCAUGGUCCACCUCGACGCGGCCGGCUUCGACAUUGACAUUGCCACACUCUCCGGCGACCCUGUCAAAUUUGAGGUGUGGGCUUUCCCCAAGGAAGACGAGGCUGUGAACUCCAUCUACAAGAAGUACGAGGAUAAGAUCCGCAGCCCUAUCAAUCUGCAGGAUCUCUGGGGCAAGGACGGCUUCAGCUCCGAGACGCCGUAUCUGGGUGUCUUCAUCCCCGGUGGCCACGGUGUGCUCAACGACGUCCCCUUUUCCAAGCUUGUUGGCGAUGUCAUUCGCUGGGCUCACGACAGCCAGCGAUACUACAUUACACUGUGCCACGGACCUGCGAGUAUGCUUGCUGCCAAUGUUGGCAAGCCCGAGGGCAGCAACUUCAUCUAUGUUGUCUACGAGAUUGUGGUCUUCCCCGACUCACUCGAUACGGGGGCCAAUAUUGACAUUGGCUAUAUUCCCGGAAAGAUGCCGUGGCUGGUAGGCGAGGAGCUGAAGAAGCUUGGUGUGAAGCCUCUGAAUGCAGGCAUCACGGGCCAGGUGCACCGUGAUAGAUUCCUUCUCACGGGUGACUCGCCGCUGGCGUCCAAUGCUCUUGGCAAGCUUGCUGCUAAUACUUUGCUUGAGGAUGUCGUUACGAGAAAUUAUUGAAGUUGGCGUAUUUUCACCCGAAAACAUAAAGCAAGUUCAAUACACAAGUUUAUAUAUAAUUUAUUCUAAACCAUAAAUCGAACUAUUUGUUAUAUUUUUCUUUGGAGAAAAUGACUAUGCCGUUUCCAUAGGCGUGGAAAGAGUAAAUUUUCCUAAGAAAAUAUCAGGUUAGCCGAAGUUUUCUAUGCGGUUACACAACUCACCGUUGUCGUCAAAGAAGGGACCCCCGUAGUAUUCAGCAGCGUUGGUGCAUUCAUCCAGAGCUUAUCUCACGAACAUGGAAAUUAGAACUCGAACUCCCAGAGUGUAUAGUUGAAGAUGGGACCAGCUCGGCUU